AUGGAUCUGAAGGACCGGAGGCACCGCUCCCUGACCAGGGGUCGCUGCCCCAAAGACUCCCAGUACAACACCUCCUCCUUGGACGCGGACGAGUGCCGCGUGCCCACCCAGAAGUCCUACAGCUCCAGCGAGACCCUCAAGGCCUUCGACCACGAGCAGAGGCUGCACUAUGGAGGCUGCGUGACUGACCUGGUGCACCAUGAGGCUGAUGAGUACUCCAGGCAAGGGGGUAACUUCACCCUGGCCGAGCUGGGAGUGUGCGAACCGACUCCCCCUCCGCAUCCCGCUGCCGUUCCCUAUUGCCCCGACCUGGGCCUCCUCCAGAGGGGGUACUCCCUCAGCGCCGGCUCCGAUGCCGACUCGGACCCCGAGGGGCCGCUGUCUCCGGAGCGAGCCAUCCAGCUGUGGGCCGGACGAGGGGGGGUGAAGUCCCGUCGCAGCUCGGGAGUGUCCAGCCGCGAUAACUCAGCCCUCACCCUCACCGACUCUGAGAAUGACAACAAGUCUGACGACGAGUCAGGUAGGAGGAAGUGUGGUCAGGCUUGUAGCGUUCGUGCCCAGGCCUCUAGCACUCAGAACAUACAGAGUGCACCUGAAAACACCUACACAUUCAGACCUUUGCCUCCUCCUCCUCCUCCUCCUUGUGCUUGCUCAUGCGUCCGGAAGCCACCUCAAUCUGCCAACAGCCUGAACAGAAACACCCUGAGAGGGGGACGAAACCCCAUCCACGCCCCGGCUCCCGGCACUGGAGAUGGUCCGACCACCCCCGAGUCAGUCCAGCUACAAGACAGCUGGGUGCUCAACAGUAACGUCCCGCUGGAGACCAGGCACUUCUUGUUCAAGACGUCGUCAGGGACCACUCCCCUCUUCAGUAGCUCCUCCCCCGGUUACCCUCUGACCUCGGGAACGGUGUACUCUCCGCCUCCUCGCCUGCUACCCAGAAACACCUUCUCCCGCUCAGCCUUCAAGCUAAAGAAGCCGUCCAAGUACUGCAGCUGGAAAUGCGCCGCAGUGACAGCCAUCGCAGCCGCUGCUCUGCUGGCCAUCCUACUGUCCUACUUCAUUGCGAUCAACUUGCUGGGUUUGACGUGGCAGUUGAAGCCAUCCGACGGCCCCGUGCUCAACAACGGCCUGGGAGCUGGUCUGCCUGUCAACAGCGAUGUGGCCACACUGCCCUCUGGAGGCCGAGUUUCUUUUCCCCUCGCUCCAGGUCCGUGGGCCGGCCGGAACAGCAGUAUAGACACCGGCAACCUGGAGGUGGGGAGGCGGGUGACCCAAGAAGUCCCUCCGGGAGUGUUCUGGAGGUCCCUGCUUCACCUCAGCCAACCCCAAUUCCUCAAGUUCAACAUCUCCCUCGGCAAGGAUGCCCUAUUCGGAGUGUACAUCCGCAAGGGCCUGCCUCCCUCGCACGCACAGUACGACUAUAUGGAGCGUCUCGAUGGGAAGGAGAAAUGGAGCGUGGUGGAGUCUCCGCGGGAGAGGAGGAGCAUCCAGACCGUGGUCCUCAAUGAGGCGGUGUUUGUCCAGUACCUGGACGCCGGUGCCUGGCACUUGGCCUUCUACAAUGACGGUCGGGAGAGAGAGACGGUUUCCUUCAGCACAAAUGUCAUGGAUUCAGUGCAAGAGUGCCCGCGCAAUUGCCAUGGUAACGGCGAGUGUAAUUCUGGUGUGUGCCACUGCUUCCCAGGAUUCCAUGGCAUGGACUGCUCCAAAGCGGCAUGCCCGGUGCUGUGCAGCGGCAACGGCCAAUACGACAAGGGCUCCUGUGUGUGUUACAGCGGUUGGAAAGGACCCGAGUGCGACGUCCCCGUCACGCAGUGCAUAGACCCUCUUUGCAGCGGCCACGGCACCUGCACUGAUGGAAACUGCGUGUGCUCCAUCGGCUACAAAGGGCAGAACUGUGCAGAGGUGGAUUGCCUGGAUCCGACGUGCUCCAACAACGGCAUCUGUGUGAAUGGGGAGUGCCACUGUAAGCCAGGCUGGGGAGGGCUCCACUGCGAGCUGCCCAGGGCCCAGUGCCCAGACCAGUGCCACGGCCACGGCGCCUUCAUACCAGACACUGGGCUGUGCAGCUGUGACCCCAACUGGAUGGGACCCGACUGCUCCAUGGAGGUCUGCUCGGUCGACUGUGGAACCCACGGAGUGUGCAUGGGCGGAGCCUGCCGCUGCGAGGAGGGCUGGACCGGCGCCGGCUGCGACCAGCGUGUGUGCAACCCGCUCUGCAUCAAACAUGGUACCUGCAAGGACGGGAAAUGCCAAUGUCACCAGGGCUGGAACGGAGAGCACUGCACCAUCGCUCAUAUCUGUCUGUCUAUUCGGUAUGGCUGUCCUAACUUGUGCAACGGGAACGGCCAGUGCACCAUGGGCCAGCAGAGUUGGCAUUGCGAAUGCCAGACAGGAUGGAGGGGCCCCGGCUGCAGUGUUGCCAUGGAGACCUCCUGCGCCGACAACAAGGACAACGAAGGAGAUGGACUGACAGACUGCAUGGACCCAGACUGCUGCAUUCAGAGUCCCUGCCAGAACAGCCCCCUGUGCAGGGGCUCCCGGGACCCUCUGCAAGUCAUCCAGCAGAGCCCGACGUCCCAGCCCCGAGUCCGGUCCUUCUACGACCGCGUCAAGAUGCUUGUGGGACGAGACAGCACCCACAUCAUCCCCGGGGAAAGCCCGUUCAACUCCAGCUUGGCAUCUCUAAUCCGGGGUCAGGUGUUGACUACAGAUGGAACCCCUCUGGUGGGGGUGAACGUGUCUUUUGUCAACUAUCCACACUACGGAUACACGCUGACACGGCAGGAUGGAAUGUUUGACCUGAUAGCUAAUGGUGGUGCAUCACUGACUCUGCGGUUCGAGCGUGCCCCCUUCCUGAGCCAGGAGCGCACCGUGUGGCUGCCCUGGAGCCAGUUUUAUGCUAUGGACACUCUGGUGCUUAAGACAGAGGAGAACACGAUCCCAGGCUGUGACCUGAGCGGCUUCGUCAGGCCUGACCCUCUUGUGAUUGCAUCCCCUCUCUCCUCCUUCUUCAGCUCCAAGCCAGGGGAGAAACCCAUCAUACCGGAGACACAGGUGCUGCAUGAGCAGAUCGAGGUGCCCGGCACAAGUUUAAAGCUGUGCUACCUAAGUUCCAGGACCCAGGGUUACCGCUCCCUGCUCAAGGUGACCAUGACCCCAGCGGUGGUGUCCAUGGGCCUGCUGAAGGUUCACCUGAUGGUAGCAGUGGAAGGCCACCUCUUCCAGAAGUGGUUCCAUGCCUCACCCAACUUGGCCUACACUUACAUCUGGGAUAAAACAGAUGCGUACGGGCAGAGAGUCUUCGGUCUUUCUGAAGCUGUUGUGUCCGUGGGCUACGAGUACGAGUCGUGUGCCAGCCUCAUCCUCUGGGAGAAGAGGACCGCCAUCCUGCAAGGCUACGAGCUGGAUCCCACCAGUCUGGGCGGCUGGUCACUCAACAAGCACCACAUACUCAACACACGCAGUGGCAUCCUUCACAAAGGCAGCGGUGAGAACAUCUUUGUGACGGAGCAGCCCCCGGUAAUCACCAGCAUCAUGGGAAACGGCCGCAGGCGCAGCAUCUCGUGCCCCAGCUGCAACGGCCUGGCGGACGGCAACAAGCUGCUGGCGCCGGUUGCCUUGGCAAUGGGCAUCGACGGCAGCCUCUACGUCGGGGAUCUCAACUUUGUGCGCCGGGUGUACCCGUCUAUGAACACUACUGGCAUCCUGGAAUUGAGGAACAAAGACUUCAGACACAGUAAUAACCCCACCCAUAAGUACUUCCUGGCAGUGGAUCCAGUGUCUGGAGCGUUGUUCAUCUCAGACACCAACUCCCGACGAAUUUACCGUGUUCGCUCAUUAACUGGUGGCCGGCUGCUGUCGGACAACGCCGAGGUGGUGGCGGGGACGGGGGAGCAGUGCCUCCCCUUUGACGAACGCUGCGGCGACGGUGGCAAAGCUACUGAAGCCACACUUAUGAGCCCCAAAGGUAUCGCAGUGGAUAAAAACGGGCUGAUGUAUUUCGUGGAUGCCACCAUGAUCCGCAAGGUGGACCAGAAUGGGAUCAUCUCCACUCUGCUGGGGGCCAACGAUCUGACCGCCGUGCGGCCACUGAGCUGUGACUCCAGCAUGGACGUCAGCCAGGUGCGUCUUGAGUGGCCCACAGACUUAGCAGUGAACCCCAUGGACAACUCCCUCUAUGUUCUGGAAAACAAUGUCAUCUUACGCAUCACUGAGAACCACCAGGUGAGCAUCAUAGCAGGUCGACCGAUGCACUGCCAGGUGCCGGGGAUCGACUACAGCCUCAGUAAGCUGGCCAUACAUGCAGCCCUGGAGAGCGCCACCGCCAUCGCCCUGUCCCACACCGGCAUCCUCUACAUCGCUGAGACGGAUGAGAAAAAGAUAAACCGAGUCCGACAGGUGAGCACAAAUGGAGAAAUCUCCCUCCUGGCUGGCGCUGCCUCCGACUGCGACUGCAAGAACGACGUCAACUGCAACUGCUUUUACGGCGAUGACGGCUACGCCCCUGACGCCGGCCUGAACUCUCCCACGUCUCUGGCUGUGUCCCCCGAUGGGACGCUGUUCAUCGCCGAUCUCAACAACAUCCGCAUCAGAGCCGUGCGGGCAAACCGGCCCGGACCUGCCCUCUCCAGCGUCGGGUACGGGGGAUCUGCGCAGUACGAAGUUGCGUCGCCAAGAGAGCAGGAGCUGUAUGUGUUCAACGGGGAAGGGCUUCACAUCCAGACAAUCAGCCUAGUGACCGGGGAGCCGCUUUUCAACUUCACCUACGGUCCUGACGGCGAGCUGGCCAUGCUGGUGGAUAACUGCAACAAUACUGUCAAGGUGAGGAGGGACGGCCUGGGCCAGGGAGGAGGAGCCGGCCUGCUCAGGCUGGUGCUGCUGCCCGAGAAUCAAGUGGUGACUCUCGGAUUGGACCCCACUGGAGGGCUGCGUAGCGUCUCCGCCUUGGGCCAGGAAGUGGCUCUGAUGGGCUACAGUGGCAACACAGGUCUCCUCGCCACCAAAGCUGACGAGACUGGAUGGACCACAUUUUACCAGUACGACAGCGAGGGUCGCCUGACCAAUGUGACAUACCCCACGGGCAUGGUGACAAGUCUGCACCGCGAGAUUGAGCGCUCCAUCAACAUUGACAUUGAGAGCUCGAGCAGGGACGACGAUGUCACGGUCAUCACCAACCUGUCCUCUGUGGAAGCCUCGUACACCGUGGUGCAAGACCAGGUGAGAAACAGCUAUCAGCUGUGCAACAACGGCACACUGAGAGUGAUGUACGCCAAUGGGAUGGGCAUCAGUUUCCACACGGAGCCCCACAUCCUGGCAGGUUCUGUCAGUCCAACGAUUGGUCGGAGGAACAUCACCCUGCCAACAGACAACGGCCUCAACUCCAUCGAGUGGCGUCUGCGCAAGGAGCAGACCAAGGGCAAGAUCACCGUGUUCGGAAGGAAACUAAGGGCUCAUGGCCGCAAUCUUCUCUCCAUCGAUUUUGAUCGCAACACCCGCACAGAGAAGAUUUACGACGACCACCGCAAGUUCACGCUGCGCAUCAUGUACGAUGCUCAGGGUCGGCCGGCUAUGUGGCUGCCCAGCAGCAGCCUGGCAGUGGUCAAUGUUUCCUAUUCUACCACCGGACAGCUCGUUGGGCUGCAGAGGGGGAGCAUGAGCGAGAGGACAGAGUUUGACCCCCAGGGGCGCAUCCUGUCCCGUUCUUUUGUGGACGGGAAGGUUUGGAGCUACAGCUACCUCGACAAAUCCAUGGUGCUGCUCCUGCAGAGCCAAAGGCAGUACGUCUUUGAGUUUGACGCCUCGGGUCGUGUCACAGCCGUCACAAUGCCCAGCGUCGCUCGCCACACAAUGUUCACACACGUGUCAGUCGGCUAUAUCCGCAACACAUACAACCCUCCAGAGAGCAACGCCUCCAUCAUCCACGACUUCAGCGAGGACGGCAGACCUCAGGCCACGCAUUACCUGGGCACCGGCCGCCGUGUCCUCUACAAAUACGGCAAGCUGGCGAAGCUGUCAGAGAUCGUGUACGACAGCACUGCUGUCACUUUCGGUUACGAUGAGACGGCAGGUGUGCUGAAGAUGGUCAACCUGCAGAGCGGGGGCUUCUCUUGCACCAUCCGCUAUCGCAAAAUGGGCCCGCUUAUCGACAAACAGAUCUAUCGCUUCAGUGAGGAGGGAAUGGUCAACGCGAGGUUUGACUACACCUACCACGACAACAGCUUCCGCAUCGCCAGCAUGAAGCCAGUCAUCAGUGAGACGCCACUUCCUGUUGACCUGUACCGAUAUGAUGAGAUCUCUGGAAAGGUGGAGCACUUUGGAAAAUUUGGGGUCAUUUACUACGACAUCAAUCAGAUAAUCACCACAGCCGUUAUGACACUGAGUAAGCAUUUCGACACUCAUGGUCGCAUCAAGGAGGUCCAGUACGAGAUCUUCCGUUCCCUUAUGUACUGGAUGACGGUGCAGUACGACAGCAUGGGACGGGUGGUGAAGAGGGAGCUCAAGAUUGGGCCCUAUGCCAACACCACUCAGUACCGCUAUGAUUAUGAUGGAGAUGGACAGCUCAGCGGCGUCAAGGUGAACGACUGGUCUACCUGGCGCUACAGCUACGACCUGAACGGCAACCUCCACCUGCUCAAUCCCGGAAACAGCGCCCGGAUCUUGCCACUCCGCUACGACCUCCGAGACCGCAUUACACGCCUGGGAGACGUCCAGUACCGCCUGGACGAAGACGGCUUCCUCAGCCAGCGCGGUUCAGACAUUUUUGACUAUAACUCCAAAGGUCAGCUCCUGCGGGCCUACAACAGAGGGCCCGGAGGCUGGAGCGUUGUGUAUCACUAUGACGGGCUCGGCCGCAGGGUGUCCACGAGGAACAGCCUGGGGCAGCACCUUCAGUUCUUCUACGCUGACCUCAACCAUCCGACCAGGGUUACGCACAUCUUCAAUCACUCCAGCUCUGACAUCUCAUCACUCUACUAUGACCUGCAGGGUCAUCUGUUUGCCAUGGAGGUGAGCAGCGGGGAGGAAUACUACAUAGCCUCUGACAACACCGGCACACCGCUGGCGGUCUUCAGCAGCAAUGGACAGAUGAUCAAACAGGUGCAGUACACAGCCUACGGCGAAGUGUACCUCGACUCUAACCCGGAGUUCCCGCUGGUGGUGGGUUUCCACGGAGGGCUGUACGACCCCUUGACCAAGCUGGUCCACUUCACCCAGCGAGACUACGACGUCUUGGCAGGACGCUGGACCUCACCUGACUACAGCAUCUGGCCCAAGAUAGGAAAAGACCCGUCUCCGUUUAAUCUGUACAUGUUCAAGAACAACAACCCGCUCAGUGACAUGCUGGAUGUCAAAAACUACGUCACAGAUGUGAAGAGCUGGCUGGUGAUGUUUGGCUUCCAGCUCAGCAACAUAAUCCCUGGGUUCCCUCGACACUCGCUCUAUUUUGUGGAGCCACCGUACGAGCUGCAGGCCACCCAGCACUGUGAGAAUGGACAGCUCAUCACCGGCGUGCAGCAGGCGGCAGAGCGCCACAACCAGGCCUUCAUGGCCCUGGAAGGCCGUCUGCUCAACAAGGAGCGUCGCAGGCGCAAGGACAAACCCGGCCACUGGUUCGGCACCAGCACCCCAAUAAUAGGCCGAGGAGUGAUGCUGGCGCUGAAGGAGGGCCGAGUGGUGGCAGGCGUGUCGGCGCUGGCCAGUGACGACAGCCGCAAAGUGGCUCUGGUGCUCAACGGCGCCCAGUAUCUGGAAGGCACACAUUACACGCAGGAUGGGAAGGACUGUCACUACUUUGUGAAAGUAGGCUCUGCUGACAGCGACCUGUUGGCUCUGGGCCUGACGAACGGGCGCAAGUCACUGGAGAGCGGCAUCAACGUGACGGUGAGCGGCCGGUCGAGGAGAGGAGUGACUGUGGAGUUUGCGGUUCCAUCAUUAGUACUGAGCGUUCGCUACGGCCUCGCUGUGGAUGUGGUGGACGAAGAGAAGGUAAGACUGUUGGAGCUGGCCAGGCAGAGGGCCCUGGCAGGAGGCUGGGCCAAGGAGCAGCAGCGGGCUCGAGAUGGGAAGGGAGGCAGUCGCCUCUGGACGGAAGGGGAGAGACAGCAGCUCCUAACAACAGGGAGAGUACAGGGCUACGAUGGCUACUAUGUACUGCCUGUGGAGCAGUACCCAGAACUGGCUGACAGCAGCAACAACAUCCAGUUUCUCAGACAGAACGAGAUGGGCAAGAGGUAACAGCCCACCUGAACUCACUUGAAGGGCAGACUUUUCCUUCUCUCCCACUCUCACUUCUCGAAAUUCUGUUCCUGUUCCUAUUUUUUUCCCACCCCGCCU